CUUGACCACCGUAUUCACUGCUUGUUAUUUGUAUCUAUUUCUUGUAUCUCUUCACUUUUACUCAAACCCUAACGUUAUAAACCCUAAAUCCCCAAUUUCAAUUCUCGCAAUCUCUGCUUUUAAUGCUAAAUCGGCCACCAAACCCACAUGGAGAAGAAGGUUACGAAGCCGUUCUCGUCUUCAAUUGAAAAUCUGUCAGGUUCUUCCAGAGAUAUCCCAUCUGACAAAGAUUUUCACCUUUUCAGCAAUUCUGAUGAGUUCAAAUCGUCAAUCAGUGAAAUUGAUGAGAAGUCACAGUCGAUGAUUGACUCUGUUGCGAGAUCUUCAGCCCAAUUGAUGAAAAAGGAGAGUGAUCAUGGUGGUGAUGAGGCUAAUUGGCUGGAGAAUGUGAAUGAUGAGAUAUUGGGUCAGCUUGAUUGUUCGUUGGAUGAGUAUAAUAAGAUGAAACAGAGUGAGGGUGAUGAUGGGUUUCAAUUGGUUUGUAAGAAGAAGAAGGGUGUGAGUGAGAAUGUGAGUAAAGAAGUGGGGCAGAGCUCCGGGGGAUUUGAUGUGAAGGUGGGUUCGAAAGAUAAGAAGAGUUUGGGUUCGAAGCCAAGAGUUCCUUUUCACAUACCUAGUAUACCAAAGCCACAGGAUGAGUAUAAGAUAAUUGUUAAUAACUUUAAUCAACCCUUUGAGCAUGUUUGGCUGGAGAGGAGUGAAGACGGUACCAGGUUUAUUCACCCAUUGGAAAAAUAUUCUGCCUCUGACUUUCUUGAUAAGAAAAUCAUUGAUAUCAAGCCAGCAAAACCUCUGCCAGUAGAGAGUUCUCCGUACAAGCUUGUGGAGGAAGUUAAAGAUCUGAAGGAGUUAGCUGCAACGUUGAAGGGUGUCAAUGAGUUUGCGGUUGAUUUGGAACAUAAUCAGUAUCGAUCUUUUCAAGGAUUGACUUGCCUCAUGCAAAUAUCUACUAGAACUGAGGAUUUUGUUGUGGAUACACUAAAGCUUCGAGUUCAAAUCGGUCCGUAUCUAAGAGAAAUUUUCAAGGAUCCUACUAAGAAAAAGGUCAUGCAUGGAGCAGAUCGAGAUAUCGUAUGGCUUCAAAGAGAUUUUGGCAUAUAUAUCUGCAAUUUGUUUGAUACUGGACAGGCCUCAAAGGUAUUAAAGUUGGAAAGAAACAGUCUGGAAUAUCUGCUGAAUCACUUCUGUGGAGUACUAGCAAACAAAGAAUACCAGAAUGCAGAUUGGAGACUACGUCCUCUUACAAAGGAAAUGUUGAGAUAUGCUAGGGAAGACACCCACUAUCUUUUGCAUAUCUAUGAUAUGAUGAGAGUGCGUUUGCUCUGUUCUGCUGGCGACUCUGAUUUUUCUGAUAGUGCCCUUUUAGAGGUAUACCAGCGUAGUUAUGACAUAUGCAUGCAGCUUUACGAGAAAGAUGUUAUGACAGAAAGCUCUUUUCUAUACAUAUAUGGGUUACAGGAUGCGAAUCUGAACGCUCAACAACUUGCAGUAGUUGCUGGGCUUUGUGAAUGGAGGGAUAUGGUUGGCCGUAUUAAAGAUGAAAGUACCGGUUAUAUAUUGCCUAAUAAAGCUCUUCUUGAAAUUGCUAAACAAAUGCCUCUCACAACCAGUAGCUUACACCAAUUGGUGAAAUUAAAGCACCCGUAUGUCGAAAGCCAGCUUGAUUCUGUUGUUAGCAUCAUCCAGCACUGCGUUCAAAAUGCCUCUGCUUAUGAAGUUGUUGCUAAACAACUAAAGGAGGCAUACACAGAGGCAACUUCUGCUGGGAAAUUGAACACUGCGGAUGGAUCUGAAUUUUUGUCUCUGCCUGAUGUUCCAGUAAGGCCCAAAGGAAGAAUUGGAGCAACACUUGUCAGUGCAAGUUAUUCAUCAAGUAGAAAUAUGUUUAAAAACCUAUCAUCUCCUGUGCAACUCACGGAAAGGCAUUUGGACCCACAAAACAGUAAUGAGGCAAUUAAUGGGCAGCAGGAGGGGCAUUCUGUUAGUGCUGGCUGUUGUGGGGAUGAACAAACCGACAAAGAAAGCCAUGUACCUGGACUCCCGAAAGAGAGCCCUAAAACUUCUGAACAGCUUAUACCAGGAAACAUGAAGUUCCUGUAUCCAGCUUCUGGAGCUGAAGAAUUAACUGUUCAAGUGCUAAGAAAACCUACUGGUGCUUUUGGGGCCUUGCCAGGGAAUUCAGCUGCCAAAAGGAAAUUUGAUUUGGAAAAAAUAGUAAAGGGAGAGGUCAAGUUAAGGCAAAAUAAAUCAACUGUGAACCUUCCUUUUCGUUCAUUCUCAGGCAGGGGUAACGGGCUGCAGCCGGCCAUACCUGCUAAGCCCCUAGAGGUCUCAUGUCAUAAAGCACCUGAUACUGUAGUAGCUACUGAUUCUCGUCUGCAAAAUACUAUAUUGUUGAAUGAAAAAUUAGGUGAUGAACAAGUACACGAGGACCCUAUGCCAGAGCAGAAAAUAAGCAACAUAUCUGCAUCUUUUUUUGAUGUGGACGAUGGAGAUGAGACAGUGUCACUAUCUGAUCUAUCUUCCAGUUUCAGAAAGUGCUUCCAGUCAACACAUAGAGAAAGAAAAGCUCCACAAGUUUGGAAAACCCAUGAACCACUACACCAGUUUAAACCUUUUGAUUAUGAAGCAGCGACGAAACAGGCUGUAUAUGAAGAUAGUAAGAGGAGAAAAAGCAAAGACGACAGUGAGAACCGGAAUAAGCAUGCGGAGAAUAUGAAAAAGAAGUCAAUUAUAGGUCAUUCUGAGGGAGGUGAGGAGAGUGGAGGUUUUCAGCUGGGCAGGAGGCGGCAGGCAUUUCCCGCAACUGGGAAUCGUAGUGCAACUUUUCAUUAGUCUCUAGAUGUUAGUAAUGUAAAUUGUUUCAUUGCUUCUGGAUAGAGUAGAAAUACUGUAUUACAGAUGUACUUGUCAAAAACAGAGCGAAAAAAUCAAUCAGAUUAAAAUCUGGUGGAACUAGUAUUCACAAUUUCUCUGAUACAGUAUUUAUGUCAUUCAUUGGACUCUUUGAGGUUGUA